AUGCAAUCGUCUUCGCGAUCAGAGAACGCGAUGACCGCAAAGCUGGACCACGACAGUUUCGUGGCUUUCGACCAUGCCGCCGCCGGACACGAAGGCGUCCAGUGUACCGUAUCCGGCACCUUCAUCGCGAAGCCCUGCACCGCUCAAGAAGUCGCGUUCUACGAAUCCAGCGCCCUACACCCGGCAUUCCAAGAAUUUCUGCCCACAUAUAUCGGCACGUUAACUUCCGCGAAUGACCAGCAGCCUCUGGCCCUCGCCGCGGCCCAGCAAGCCGGCGCCAUCAUGCUGCCCGGCACGGAAUAUUCUUCCGCGUCGGAUACCCCUACGGCCACCGUCGCAUCUCAAGCCCAAGCGGCCGUAGCGACGGCGACCCCCAUAGUGACGGCAGCCCCCGAAACGGCCAGCUCAAGCAGCCCGACAGCAGCAGCAGCAGCGGAGUCGUCGUGGGUUCCCUCCAACGGAAAGAAACUCGAGACGGGGAUCUCGAUCGUGCUGGAGAACGUGGCUGCGGGGUUCAUAAGACCCAAUGUGUUGGACGUGAAGCUGGGUGCGCGGCUCUGGGCGGACGAUGCGCCGCCCUUGAAGCGUGCGAAGCUGGACGCGGUGUCUAAGGAAACGACGAGUUCCACGCUGGGGUUUCGCAUCGCGGGGAUGAAAGUCUGGACGGGCGUGAGUGGGGAGACCGACGAAGGGAGCCGGACCGACCCCUAUGCGACGAAGUACGAGGGCGCCGAGGGCGCCAAGGGGCAGGUCAUCGAGGCGGACGGCUACAAGCGCUACGAUAAAUGGUACGGCCGCUCGCUCACGGCGAACAACAUCAAGGACGGGUUCCGGGCGUUCCUCGCUGGGGCCAAAGCCGGGGCUGUGGAUCGGACCCAGCUGGUCGCGCGACGGUUAGCUGGGGAAUUGAAACAGGUGCAGGAGGUUCUGGAGUCCGAGGAAAGUCGCAUGUACUCGUCGAGUGUGCUGAUUGUCUACGAGGGUGAUCCGGACGCCAUGGAGAAGGCGCUGGAAGAGGAGCAGAAGCCCCAGUCGAAGCAAGAAGAGGACGAUGACGACGAAGAGGAGGAGGAGAACGUCGAGUUUGAGAUCUCCGAGGGGUCUUUCCAAGUGGUUGAUAUACCCAUUGGCCAAGGCAGCGUCUCUCACCAGGCUAUCAAUAUCAACCUCGGCCCCGAAGUCGCAGAGUUGGGGGAGCUGGAUCUCGACGAGGACGAAGAGGACCCCCCUAAAGUGCAUGACCUGCGGCUGAUCGACUUUGCGCAUGCGAGCUGGACCCCUGGCCAGGGACCGGACGAGAACGUCCUGAACGGAAUCAGGAGUUUGACUCGGAUACUGGAGGAACUCGCCUUGGAGUAAUUGUAAGAAUAGUUGCAGUUUGAAAACCACUACAGUCGCUGGCGGCUUUAGGAAUAGCACCAUUUUCCACCAUACAACACCCGAGCAUUUAGCAUCAUCAAAAUGGAACCC